CUUCAAACCUCCUCACUGUCACUGACAUCCCGUAUCAUCCUCUCCCCCCCUCUCUCUCUUUAUACCCACUACCCCAUUUACCACAGUCCUGCUUUAUUCUUGUGUUUUUUGUUGAAUGAAUGCAGAAAUGUUAAAAAUUUAAUCUUUUUCCAGAAAAUUUUAAAAAUCUCUCUGGGUGUUGAAUAUGCAUCUCAGUCAUGGAGGGGGUCUCUUUCUUCUCUGGGUUUUCUCUGUUUCCGCCUGUGUUUCUCUGUCAUUUGAAGGGAGGAGCCCGGAAGUUGAAGCUUUGAUAGCUUUGAGGAAUGACUUGGAGGAUCCAAACGGGGCGUUGAGGAAUUGGGAUGUGAACUCUGUGGAUCCUUGCAGCUGGGCUAUGAUAACUUGUUCUUCUGAUAAUCUUGUCACUGCACUAAUAGCACCAAGCCAAGGUUUAUCUGGGAGCUUGUCUGGGUUGAAAGCAAACCUUACAAAUCUCAAGCAAAUAUUGCUGCAAAACAACAAUAUUUCAGGCCACAUUCCAAAAGAGAUUGGCAAACUUGCCAACCUCCAGGCUUUGGAUCUAUCCAACAAUGGGUUUUCUGGUCAUUUGCCAGAAACAUUGGGCCUAUUAAACAAUCUCCAGUAUUUGAGGUUGAACAACAAUAGCUUCUCUGGGGCUAUUCCUCUGCCUUUAACAAGGGUCCCUAAACUUGCUUUCUUGGAUUUGUCAUUCAAUAAUUUCAGUCCACCAGUGCCAACUUUCUCUGCUAGAACAUUCAAUAUUGUGGGCAACCCCUUGGUUUGUGGAAGCCUCUCUUCUGGGACAUGUAAUGGUUCAUUCAACUCAAUUCCUUUUUCAAUCAUUAUUAGUACUUCAAGGGGAAGAAAUGUGUCAAAAAGACAUGCCAUUGCACUCUCAGUCAGCUGUGGCUUUGUCUCUCUUUUGCUUUUGGGAAUUGCAUUUGUCUUUUGGAAAAGAAGCCAUCAAAGGAAGCAGUCCAUUCUUAAUGUUAAUGAUUUGCAGGAAGAGGAGAUGGUAGUAAAACUGGGAAACCUGAGGAGGUUUUCUUUCAAAGAGCUACAGCAGGCAACUGACAACUUCAGCACCAAGAACAUCCUCGGCGCCGGGGGUUUCGGCAACGUGUACCGCGGGAGAUUGGGCGACGGUUCGGUCGCGGCGGUUAAGAGGCUGAAUGACAUCAACGGCACGGCCGGGGAAUCGCAGUUCCGGACGGAACUCGAACUCAUCAGCUUGGCCGUCCACCGGAAUCUCCUCCGCCUGAUCGGUUACUGUGCAACCCCGACGGAACGGCUUCUCGUCUACCCUUACAUGUCCAAUGGCAGCGUGGCCUCCAGGCUCAGAGGAAAACCACCUUUGGAUUGGCAAACAAGGAAGAGAAUAGCCAUUGGGGCGGCAAGAGGUCUGGUCUACCUCCACGAACAAUGCGACCCGAAGAUAAUCCACAGAGACGUGAAGGCUGCAAAUGUGCUGUUGGACGAGUGCUAUGAAGCUGUUGUUGGUGACUUUGGGCUCGCGAAGCUCCUCGACCACGCCGAGUCGCACGUCACCACGGCUGUUCGUGGGACCGUGGGCCACAUCGCGCCCGAAUACCUCUCAACGGGCCAAUCGUCUGAAAAGACGGACGUGUUCGGGUUCGGGAUCCUCUUGGUUGAGCUCAUUACUGGAAUGAGAGCUCUUGAGUUGGGAAAGUCUGUCAACCAGAAAGGGGCUGCACUUGAAUGGGUGAACAAAAUGGAGAGGGAGAAGAACAUCGACGGGCUGGUGGACAGGGAGCUAGCGGGGAGCAACUACGACCGGAUCGACGUGGGGGAGAUGCUACAGGUGGCGAUACUGUGCACCCAGUACCUGCCCGGAAACCGCCCGAAGAUGUCGGAGGUGGUGAGGAUGCUGGAGGGAGAUGGGGUGGCUGAGAAAUGGGCAGCCUCACACAACAACAACUAUGACCAUAAUGCCCUCCUCCAUUUCUCCUCCAACAAUAACAACAGCCACAACAAGCACCUCCCCCCCUCUAAUGCUGCUGCUAUGUAUGUUGACAAUGACCAUUUACCCAUCUUCAUGAUGAUGGAUGAUCAUGAUGACUAUGAUGCGCAUGCCAUGGAGCUUUCAGGUCCAAGAUAAAUUAAAUUAAUAUUUUUUUUAAAAAAAAGAUCUUUAAAAAAAAAGAAAGAAGGGGGGGGGGGGGGGGUGAAAGNAAUAGACUAGGCAGCUUUAU